AUGACUUCCGUCCCCAAGAGAAGGCUAGCAGCCCUCAGCCAGCAGCUUGUAGCUCCAAUUCCUGACCAGGGCACAUUCGAGAACAUCCCCAUCCUCAAGAAGGUUGCCGGCGAUUCCAACGGUCCGCGUCUGCAAGGAAAAGUCGUUAUUGUAACAGGCACAAACUCCCCCCUGGGUAUUGGUCGAGCUUCAGCACACCAGUUCGCACAAAAUGGUGCAAGAGCUGUGUACAUAUGCGACUUCAACGACCAACAUCUUGAAACCCAUAAGCGUGAGCUUGCGUCAUUGUAUCCCGGCGUCGAUGUCCACACUCGGAAGUUCGAUGCUGCAGAUGACGCUUCUGUGAAAGCUGUCGUGGAUGAUGCUAUCAAAACAUACGGCAGACUCGACGUCUUUUUUGCCAAUGCGGGUAUAGUUGGGAACAACAAGCUGUUCUCGGAAAUCACAGCCAACGAGUUUCUAUCUACACUAAGGACGAAUGUUGUGAGCGUGCAUCUUGCGGCUAAAUAUGGCGCUCCAGCGAUGCUGAUUACCUCUGAAGAAAAGAAAUAUCCUUCCGGAAGCAUAAUGGGUACCGCUUCCGUUGCAGGCAUAAGAUCCAAUGCAGGUUCAAGCGAUUAUUCGGCAUCGAAGGCGAGUGUCAUCUCGCUGGCCCAGACGCUUUCAUAUCAACUGGCUGGAACGGGUAUCCGAGUCAAUGCCAUCUGCCCUGGUGUUAUUGAGACUGGGAUGACCGCCCCGAUGUACGAUGCAGCGAGGGCGAGGGGAACGGAAAGAAAGAUUGGCCAACUCAACCCACUAGGGAGAGGAGCACAUGCGGAUGAAGUCGCAAGAGUAGCUUUGUUUUUGGCCAGCGAGGAGAGUAGCUAUGUCAAUGGUCAAGCUUGGGCCGUCGAUGGUGGUUUGAGUGCUGGACACCCGUUUGUCCCAGGGAAACUUGGCUAA